AGAUUGGUGACUACACUGUGAAUGACCACUUUAUCAAUGGCACAGUUGAGAAAAUGACCCUUUAAUUAAUUACCUGUGCAAAGAAAUAUGAGUUAAUGGCUUGCAUAGAAUAAGAAAAUAAUUGAUCAGCAAAAGAGCCCUACAUCCAGCCCAGGUAAGCAGGGGACUUUAAGGAUGGAAAUGCCAAGAGCUGCAUUUGUUUGCUGUGCUGAUCCCCACUAACCAAUCGUUGGCCGGAUGGGAAUUGUGAGAGCAGCUGGCAGACGGGGUGAUUCACUAAGGCUCGGACUGAGGGAGAAGGAACCACAGAUGGAAUAAUGUUUGCUGUUUUAUAAUCCACAUGAGAGGAUUUAAUGAUGAGACCCGCUGUUAAUUAGGAUAACAGGCCUGUUUGGAAUGAUGCCUAUGAGAUAAGAUGGCCUUGUACACUAACCACAUCCAGGGGGAGACGCUUGACCGCUUAGACUUGACCAAGGAGAUGGAGGAGAAUGGUAGGACAUACCUGGAUCUGGACCAGAGCUCAUCUGUCAGUUCCAAACGAGAACGUCCUAACGUCUUCAUUGCAGUCACCUUUACCCUGGAACUGCUCAUCUUGUCGGCUGUCAUCGUGCUUGAAUAUUAUAUCAGAUGGACAGACAUUUUCCCGAUGAGGAAGCAGAAUUUCUCCUGUGUUGACCCACAGAUCUCUCAGAGCUCCAGUAGCGAUUUCCUCUCAGAGUUUGCCUUCAGGGCCCAUGUACCAAUUGAGGCCAUCUAUGCCCUCAGUAUCUGUGUCCCUCCAUUUGUGAUCUCAAUCGGGGAGAUAGGAGUCUGGGCCUUCAGCAGUGAUCCGCAGAAAGUGGUGCGGGCUUUGUGCAAACAAUGCCAGAUUCCUCAAGUCAUACGGAGACUGGUUCGCUUCAUCGGAGUUUUUCUGUUUGGGGCUUUCACUCUGUUGAUAUUCGUGGAUGUGACAAAGUUUAUGACUGGGAUAUUACGACCUAAUUUCCUGGAGGUGUGUCAGGUGAACCUGACAGCAUGUGCCCUACAGAACCUGUCUGGGGAUGAGGAACUAUGCUCCACCACGGACUACUGGGCCUUAAGAGAUGCCAGACUGUCCUUCCCCUCCAUGCACUCAGCACUGACCUCAUAUUCAGCAGUAUUCACAGCUUUCAUUUUGUUGUUUGUUGACCUGUUCAUGUUUGUGUUUGUUGAUCUGUUGAUGUUACUGUUUGUUGAUCUGUUCAUACAGCGUUACGGCAAUUUCCAGCGGAGUAUCUACGAGAUGGCUGCUGCAAGAGAGCAUGAGAAGUCUCACACUCAGCUCUUUGGCCCUGGCCAGUACCUUCACAUCCCUCGAGCUCAUCUGCGCUCCAGACCCCCUAGUUUAAUCAGCGACAGCAAGCAUCGCAUGCGGUCCGGACAGCCAGAUGAGAGAGCUAAACAGAAGCACAGAACAUUACAGAAACUCGAACUCCUACGCUUCUCAUAUGUGAAGGAGCAAGGGAGACAACUCUGA